CCUCGCCAUGCUAGCUUCACUCUCUUUCCUUCCACAAACGAAUUAAAAACCCUUCAAUAACAUCUUUUGAUCAAGCGAGCAGAGAUGUUGCGGUUGCCGCAGCGGAGAAUCUGCAGCCAAGCGGUGGAGAAAAUACGUUUGAGCAGCAGUUUAAGUGGUAACGGAGAUUUUCCCAUCUUAAAAGGUCACAAAGCGGCUCAGGACUUGUCCAAAGAUACUCUAAAGUCCCAUGAAACAAUCAAAGACAAAGAAGGUCAACACAAAGUGACCAAGAAGGAGUUCAAGAUUUACAGAUGGAACCCUGAUAAGCCAAAUACUAAACCCUUUCUUCAAUCAUUUUUCGUUGAUGUUUCCACUUGUGGCCCCAUGGUUUUGGACGUCUUACAGAAGAUAAAAGCAGAGGAAGAUCCGAGUUUGAGUUACAGAAGAUCAUGCAGAGAAGGAAUAUGUGGAUCUUGUUCGAUGAACAUCGACGGUACUAAUACUGUUGCAUGUCUUAAACCUACAAACUCCGACACGUCGAAGCCAACCAUAAUCACUCCUUUACCACAUAUGUACGUCAUCAAAGAUUUAGUCAUCGACCUCACUAAUUUUUACCAGCAAUACAAAUCAGUCGAGCCAUGGUUAAAGACGAGGAAGCCGCCUAAAGACGGACGCGAACACCUUCAAUCACCAAACGACCGUAAGAAACUAGACGGGUUGUACGAAUGCAUACUAUGUGCAUGUUGUACCACGUCAUGUCCUUCUUAUUGGUGGAAUCCUGAGGAGUUUCCAGGUCCUGCGGCUUUACUACAGGCUUACCGCUGGAUCAGUGACAGCCGCGAUGAGUUUAGAGAAGAGAGGUUACAAGCAAUAACAGAGGAUGAAAGGAAAGUGUAUAGAUGCAGAGCAAUCAAAAAUUGUACGGCCACUUGUCCUAAAGGACUUAACCCAGCUAGUGCCAUCUUGAAGAUGAAGGCUAAGCAUUCGCUCCCAGAUCCGGUCAAGAGAAUUGAGAGAGCCUAGCCAUACCAUUACUCGGUCCUGUCCGGUUAUUAUGUAAUAAAAAGCUUUUAUAUCUGGCUAUAAGUGUGUUUCUGGACUAUUUUCUAUUUAUAUAACUUUAUCAGAACACGCUGUGUUUACAUCGAAGGAAAUAUAAUAUAUC